UGCCCCGUCAUUGGUAUCAGUGGGAGUAAUAGUGCCCCAUCAUUGUAUCAGUGGGAGAAAUUGUGUCCCAUCUUUGGUGUCAGUGAGAGGAAUAGUGCCCCAUCAUUGGUAUCAGGGGGAGGAAUAGUGCCCCGUCAUUGGUUCGGGUGGAAAGACUAGUGCCCUAUUGUUGGUGUCAGUAGGAGGAAUAGUGCCCCAUUGUUGGUGUCAGUAACAGGAAUUAUACUCCAUUGUUGGUGUCAGUGGGAGGAAUAGUGUUUAGCAUAAGUGGCAGGAAAA